AUGUUUGAGUCUAGAAUCAUUUUAGAAAAGGAAAAGAAGGAGAAAGAAAAGUUGCAAAGAAUGAGGAUGUUAGAAGAAGAGAGGAAGAAACGAAUUUUUAAUCCUAAGAAAAGAAUGAUAGGGAUUGAAGUGAAGGAAUUAGAAAAACAAUUGCACGAAAAGAAGUCACAGAGCGAUCUGGAAAAAGCAAUUGAAAACAGAUACUACAAAGGGCAGAUGUAUGCAAUUGCGGAGGCUGACAAAAUGGAAAAACAAAUAAUGGAGACUAGAAGAAAGAUUAAUCAAGAAAUAAACAACUUCAGAAAAAAUUAUCAAAGAAAACGUGAAGAAGAAAGAAGUGAGAAUAAAUGCCUAACCGAACCAGGAAUAUCUUCAGGAUUAUUCUUUGAUGGUGAAGACAAUAGCGCAAGCGAUAGAAAGUUAUUGCAAAUACAGCAACAAAAAUGUUGGCUGCAGCAACAAAUAUCAGAAAAAAAACAAUUGUCAAAGGAAAUAUGUUUUGCAGAAAAGCUACACAGUGACGCGUUAAAAGCACGGGAAAACCGGUCGUUGAAUUUGGAGUCUUUAGAAAAAGAGUGCAGAAGACAAAUGGAAUUAGUUGUUAAAGAUUACAACAAAACUUUGGUAAAAUAGAAUCCUGAAGUGGCCCAAAGUAACUUGGGUUUCAAAAAAAUCAUACAAUAUCACUACAAAGGAAUGUCAGAAAGAGAGAAACUCGAAAUACGAAAAGCGCAAAUGGAGCAAAUAAAAGAGCGACAGGUCAUCGCGAAUACUGAAAAUAGUUAUAAUCAAAAGUGGGACAAUUUUUAUAAGCAAAUGGACGAUAUCCAGCUUGCUAAUGAAGAGCUUUACAAAAAUGAAGAACGGGAGAAAUACCGUCUACUGAUGCAGAAAAAUGAAUUACUAAGUUUAAACACAAAAGCCAACGCUAUGUAUAGAAAAAGAGAAGAAGCCUCUAAUUAUUCUACACCGGAAUUUCUAAGCCAGUUCAACAAAACAUCAAGAUAACUUUGAAUGAUUAUUUUAAAAUAAAUAAUGUGAUUCAAUUA